AUGACAGUCUCGGAAGAAAUGGCCGCAGAAUUGGCAAACAAGAAGGCCGAGCGCGAAGCUCUGCGCGGCGUGAUUCAACAGUGGAACGCGAAUAGGUUGGAUCUAUUCGAACUUUCGGAACCGAACGAGGAUUUGGAGUUCCACGGAGUAAUGAGAUUUUAUUUUCAAGACAGUGGUCAGAAGGUCGCGACGAAAUGCAUUCGAGUGGCAUCGGAUGCGACAAGCCAAGCGGUGAUCGAAACUCUUAUCGAAAAAUUCCGUCCAGAUAUGCGAAUGCUUUCGGUUCCAGAGUAUGCACUUUACGAGAUUCAUGAAAAUGGCGAAGAACGUAAGCUUGGGUUGGAGGAGAAGCCACUGCUGGUACAGCUGAAUUGGCAUAUUGAUGAUCGCGAAGGGCGAUUUCUGUUGAGGAGAAUCGACGACAAAACGAACGCUCAAGGCGUUGGCUUCUCUUCCUCAGACGGGGGAUCCAGCUUUCGCAGAAAAUUGAGCAAGCGUGAAAAGAAACAAAUGAAGAAGCAGGAAAAGCUGAGUCGGUUGAAAAAUUUAGAACAGGAUGAAAAUGCUGUGCCGGUGGAUCAAAACGGAGUAGCGGAAAAGCUGUACACGGAGUUACCUGAAACAAGCUUUACCAGAAGUAUUUCGAAUCCGGAAGCUGUAAUGAGGAGACGACGGCAACAGAAACUGGAAAGAAAAUUGCAACAAUUUCGCAGUAAAGAUGGCGGUCCUGAUACCGGUGGAACGUUGAAGAUUUACGGUGAAGCCCUUUGCAAAGAUGUUCCAUAUAAAACUUUGCUACUGAGCGUUCGAGAUUCAGCGGUUCAAGUGGUACGAGAGAUGCUCUCGAAAUAUGGUCUAGAGAAGGUUGACCCGCAACAGUACUGUCUGGUUCAGGUCAGUUUAAUUCGAACUGAAUGCCCCCUGGCCAUUCUCAUGAACCAUCCUUCCACGCGUGGUUCGAUAAUGUUCCAUGUGAGGAGAAGACCCGCCGAUUACGUGCCUCGGAAACGUAAGAAAAAACCUAGUGGGAAGUGGAAUGAAUUAGAUCACAGAUACGAAGACGAGAGAUUGCCGUUUCUGCUGGAACUGAAUCCGGAUGGCAGUGACAUUCCGAAUGGGGCAGGCGCGCGACACCGUUUGCAGCCAAACGUGACCGAAGUGGGAUCGGAAAGGCCGAUAGGUCCGCAGGCCGUUCAAGCUCAAACUCUGACAUUGACAGGACCAACUGUGAUGCCUAGGCACUGCGUGAUUGCUUUUACGGAGAAUAUAGUUACGCUGACACCUUGUUCCAGAGAUGCUCACACUUACGUGAACAAUCAGAGGAUACAUCAGACAACGAUACUUCAGAACGGAGCGAUCGUGAAAUUUGGCAGGUUGCAUACCUUUCGAUUCAUCGAUCCAACACCCGACGAACGUAUCAGACAACGGCACGAUUCUACCAGGCAAAUCGAAUACGGUUACGAGAGACGCUCUCCAGACUUAACCGGUCAAGAAACGAACGUGGAAAGAUACGGAUCGGCAUCUGGAACUACGAAUAACGGACAAAGUCAAAUUCAAGGUCAGAAUCAGUCGACUCAGGAUCAGGCUUCUCAUUCGUCUAGUCCGAGUAAAUCUCCUGCUGCUGCUGCUGCUGCUGCUGUUUGUCAUACUCGAAGUCCGACACAUGCAUCGGAAUCCACGCACAAUUACGAAACUACUUUUGAUCUUGAUGGAAACGUUGAAACUGCCAGUCUUACCAGCAGGGACGGCAACAGAACGUUGCAGAAUGAUCGACAGCCGCGUGGAACGGAUCCAAUUUUACCAGCCGUAUUGGAAUUUCUGGAGGAAACGGAAGAAACGUUUUUUCAUGCAGUGAUCACGGACGUAGAACCGUCGGCACCGCAGUUCAAAUUGGCGCCCACUUAUACGCUAUACUUGGCAGCGAGGUAUCGCGCGAGCACGCAUUACAGACCAGAGUUGCAACCAACGGAGAGGGCGCACAGGCUGACCGUGAUGCUGGCGAACGUUGCUAGCAUGAUACAACGAGUGAUACAGGAGCGGUACAUGGACGCUUCCUCUCUGGCUCUCUGGUUGGCGAACGGUUCGGAAUUGUUGCAUAUGCUGAAAAACGAUCGACAUGUCGGAGCAUUUUCGACGAGAGCGCAGGACAUCUUGAUGGAAGCAGUUCACACGGCGUUCACGUCGUUGGUACGGUGCAUUUCCCUUGAAUUGGCGCCGGCGAUGUCGCAGUUCAUGGCCGAUGCGGACGAGCCAGCAAAAGAGGCCGGAGUUUUACAGAUAUUCUCGAGCACGAUGGCUUUGUUGAGGCGAUGCAGGGUGAACGCCGCCCUCACGAUUCAGCUGUUCAGUCAUCUGUUUCACACGAUAAACGCAAGCGCGUUCAACGCGUUGGUUUCGAACACGAAUUUGUGCGUCAGGUGGUUCGGCCGUCGAUUAAAGGCAAGACUGAACGCGCUCGAGACUUGGGCGGAAAGACAAGGCUUAGAACUGGCAAGUCAGUGUCAUUUGGCGACGAUCAUGCAGGCGACUCACCUUCUUCAAGCACCCAAGUACAACGCGGAGGAACUCGCCACCCUGAGUUCCACUUGUUUCAAGCUGAAUUCCCUUCAAGUCCGCGCGCUGUUGCAAAAGUAUCAGCCAGCCGCGGACGAGCCAAGACUGCCGGCCGAGUUGAUCGAAAACGUGGUCAGAGUAGCCGAAAGCGUGGCGGACACGCUUGCGCGCGCCGACGGCAGAGAGAUUCGACUGGAGGAAGAGCCUACGCUCGCGUUGGCUCUUCUUCUUCCCGAAGACGGAUACAGUUGCGAAGUGAUUCGUGGCGUGCCACCAGGAUUAGCGGAAUUCUUAAGCCCGUUGCAACGGGACGGUCUGUGCCGUAUGGCACCGCAACCCACUAGCAGCGGAUAUUGGACAAUAUACAUGAUAGAUCACCAUAACAACUUUCGUAGUCCAAGCGCCAUGAGCAAUAGAUCCGGGGGUUAUUCUUACCACGCGGGAUCGAGUGCGGCUCAACCGGAGAUACACGUUAUAAAAUUGCACAAGUCAACGAAUGGAAUGGGUUUGAGCAUCGUCGCCGCAAAGGGUGCUGGUCAAGACAGACUUGGCAUAUAUAUAAAGAGCGUAGUCGCGGGUGGUGCUGCUGAUGCUGAUGGUAGAUUGACAGCUGGUGAUCAGCUGCUCAAGGUGGACGGGCAAAGUUUAGUGGGAAUUACUCAAGAAAAGGCUGCCGAAUAUUUGGUUCGUACUGGGCCGGUAGUAACGCUGGAAGUUGCCAAGCAAGGUGCCAUAUAUCAUGGUUUAGCCACGUUAUUGUCGCAACCGUCACCGGUAAUGACCAGAGGACCUCGUCGCAUGAGUGAACGAGACUUGCCAUCGCGGCUUGGACGUGACGCAACUACUCCCCAGCAGCAAAUGCAUACCAGCAAGUCCGUGCCAGCGUUGCACAACGUAGGAACGGAUGGGAAGCAACAGCACGAGGUAUUCAAUCCUGGUUAUAGUAGAGCAUCGUCUAGUAACAGCGUCACACCACCAGUCACUCAACCCCCGCCGAUCACUGCGAUCAACGGUUCGACAUCGCUGCGUUCUCGCUCGAGUCAUAAUUUACAUGACCCGGCAAGAAUCGGAACAUUGCCACCGAGCGGUCUCGUGAGUAGGCAACAGUCGUCGCCGAAUUUAAAUCCUGGUCAAAUAACGACGAGUAACAACGGUUCGAUCGUUGCUAACGUUGGAACGGGUUCGAACGUUCUUCAGGGUAACGAAGCAGAAAGAUUUUAUCAAAACUUGAGCAUCUACAGAAAUCAAGACACGACGACGAAACAGCGACAGCACAGUCCAUCGCAACAUUUGGAUGACAGAAAUCCUCUACAGCUGCAGAAGAACUCGAGGGGCUCUCAAAACUCUUUGAACCGUCCGGCAGGAGCAUUCGAAGCGAACACUCAACCCAGGGAUCGUCCGAUAUCCGCGUACGUGACGCAACCUCAGCAGCAAUCCUAUCUCGGUGGGCAACCGCAGCAGCAAGCUUGCACGGCACCUCCGAGAUCACAGUCCUCCCGGGACAUAGUGCGACAGGAGGCGAAGCUGCAGGAAAUGCAGGAGGAAGUGAGGCGACGCGAGUUACGAGCUGGCAUUCCAGUGCCGUCGAAUCAGUAUCGACCGGUCGCGUAUAACGUUAAACCAAAUAUUACCACCGUCCAAUCUACCACUAGUCCUGCUACCCUUGUUCGGCCGAACAAAUCUAUCGGGUCUCAACAAAAUUUGGGAUCCAGUCCACCUGUAACAGUGGCCGCGCCCUCCAUUCCAUCGUCCAGUCAUCUCGCCACUAGACAGACCAGUGCCUCCAGUUAUGGUUACUUGGAUGCGCAAUAUGGCUCGUACAUGGUUCAAUACGGAAAAUCUCCACACGUGCACCAGCACCAGCAUCAACAUCAAUCGCAACCUCAAUCCCAACAUCAGCAUCAGCACCAACACCAGCUUCAACAUCCACAUCAACAUCAACAGCAUCAACAUCCACAUCAGCAUCAACUUCAGCUUCAACAUCAGCAUCAGCACCAACACCAACACCAGCAUCAACAUCAAUACCAACAAAAUAUGCAACAACAAAAUCUUACUCACGUCCAGUAUGGUGGUGGUGGUGGUGGUACGUCAUCGUCCAGAGGAAAGAAUGAUUUAACUCGGUUGCAAACCAACGGAAUGUUGUUUGAUUAUGGAAGAGAUCAGAGUGUUCAAGAGGUUGCUAAUGCGUACGCCGAUCAGAAUCAACACGUUACCGCCGGUUCGCAGUAUUACUUGAAUGCUAAUUCGGAUGUACAGAACGAUCAGUAUAGCGGUGAAAGCGGCAUGGCUAGAGGGCACAGUGUAUUGCCAGAAGGGGGUUCUUCCAUUUCCAAUGAAAUUCCAAUGCGUCCAGCUCCCCUGGAGGAAGGAUUUGCAGAAAGCCCUCCACCUCCACCGCCAGACACCUCGACUCAUCCUCUUUACAAUAAACAGUCGGAUUCGAGGUACACCGCGAGUAUGCAAGAUCCUCCUCGUGGAGGAUAUUACCCAGCAAACACGACAGGCACUGUGUUACAACCGCGUCAGUAUCAGUACAGUGCGACGAAUCCUUGGCAACGAGAGGAGAGGGAGAAGGAACAAGCACGUAGAAGAGAAGCUGCGAGGCAGUGGCGCGAUCAACAAAUAGCAGAAUUGAGCGCGUUACCUCAUAGAACGUCGCAACAAGAGGAACAGUUACGAGCUCUUCAGUUGGAAAGAGACUUUCAAAAGAGAGCGGAGGAAGUUGCGAAUCAACAAGACGACGACGAGGAAAGUAAUGAUUUGGACGCCGAGAAUAUUCAAAGAGUUCAGGGCUUGCUUAGAACAACGGUAAAUCAAGACCACCGAGCUAAUUCGUUGGAGCAACACAUUGAUCUUUCCAGAACCAACAUGGCUAAUCAAUCUAUCAGAGGAAACCAUACUGUUCAAUCGAUACAUCCUACCAACCUCACCACGCCGCAUGGGAACGCCGCUGGUACUGUUUCUCAACAACACCAACAACAAGACCAACAUAAUUCUGUCUCGCAUAUGUCAUCUGAUUUUCAACACGAACAAACUAAUCAAAUACAAAACAACGUAGGACAAAUUUCUAUGCCAUCGUUGAUUCAUUUGGCUGUUUCCCAAAAGCCUCAUGGCCUCGUGCAAUCUAUCGAAGAUAAGGAAAUGUAUCGUAGGAACGACGAAAUUAAGCAGCGGAAACAAGUCGAAUUCGAUGACGUUCAAACGAAGAAGAAGGAGGAAGAAGCUAAUAAGCAACAACAGAUACAUCCACAAAUAUAUCAGCAGCAGCAGCAGCAGCAGCAGCAACAACAACAACAACAACAACAACAUUUGCAACAAUCGCAAUCUCAUCUUAAAAUUCAACAGAUCUUGCAUCCUAGUAUGUUGCGAUUGGAUAGCCUGGUCAUCAACGGAUCGAACGCGUCUUCUCCGCAAAAUGGUAACAACGACGCGCCUCUACCUCCGGAACGGGGUUCCAGUUAUGCGAUCAUGUCGCAGCAAAGUGCCCUCAGAUCGAACACCGCAAAUCCCUCUAAUGUAAUUACGCUAGCAUCUCAACAGCAAAUAGUGUCCGUUAAGAGAGUUUCCUUUCACGAUUCUAACGCAAACGUAGAAUCUGUUCAACGAAAUCUAUCGUCUGGAAAUUUGAGCUCGAAUCAGACCGCAACCAUGGAUGUCAUUGUAGAAGAUCCAAAUAAUUUCAUCAAUGAUGCAGAAAUUUUGUUGGCAUCUCCAAAAACGCCCGAAGGCCCCACUGGAAUUCCAAUCACUGGUAGUACACCUGGUGUGAUUGGUGCUCAAGAAGUGUACAAGGAUCCGAGACAAAGACGACUGGCUGAAAAACAAAAACAGCAACAAAAUUCUCAAGUUGGUCACGUACCUGAAAAACUCAGUUUCAAGGAAAAGAUGAAAAUGUUUGCAAUGGAGACCGGCGAAGAUGGAACUCCGCGGGACAAGGUAAAAAUUUCACGCGCGCAACGCGAGAUCGAUAACAUCGGUAAUCCCGGUUCCAACCUACUGAAUAGCAAUAACAACAACAGCAACGGCAACAGCGGUAACAACCCUAAUAACAAUAACAACAGUGGCAGCGGCAGCAACAGCAGCACCAACAACAACAACAACAACAACACCAAUAAUAUCAACAACAGCAACAGCAACCGGCAACAAUAGAAAUAGAAGACUGAAAAUUGACGUUUAUUUUCUUGUCAGAUUAGAUUGAAUCCGCCUUUCUAAAAUACCAAUUCCAAUAGGAAUGGUUCGGGAAAGAACUUCUAUACACUAUUACCACUGGUCUGUCAAACCGAAUUAUUGUCCUAUUUUACGUGUAAACAGAGAACACGUCGCUGUACGUGUUGAUUUGAACGACAUCGGUUAUUCCAUAUGAGCGAGAGAGCGAGCGAGCAUACAUCUCGAAUCAUUCCAACAAAUAUUUGCACUGUUUCUGACCAAAAAUAUGCUCCGAAGAAGAUAAAUACAAACGUAGAUUAAUUAUCGAUUUUAGUGACAGCGUAGUUCGUAUUGGAUGCAUCCGAUAUCCUACUCGUGUUCCAUUGGACCAAUUGAUACAUAUUUUCCGUAAUUACGCGCAACGAGUAAGUUGCGUAUGAUGAAAAGUAACGCGCCUUGGACUUUAGAAUUACAUAAAGGCUAUA